AUGGGCAUCUCCGAAGUGAUAGCCAGCCACAUUGGCCCGUGGCUCUUCAUGCUGCUCGCCCUCUGGCACCUCCCCGGCACAAUUGCACGCGCGGCCCGCACCGACGGCCUGCUCGCCCUCUUCCGGCUCUCCGCGCUCCGGGACGCAUGGUUCUUUGAUUUCUGGAGCACAGUGAGCCGCGAUAUCCGCGCCGGAGGCGGCGAGAUGGUGACGGCGCUGCCCGCCGCACACCCGUCCCUCAGCGGCACGGUGCUCGAGAUCGGGGCGGGCACGGGCUUGUGGUCGAGUUUGCUCGCGCGCGAGAUCCCCGGCGUCGAGCGUGUGUUUGGCGUGGAGCCGAACCCGGAGAGCCUGGCGGUGCUGAGGAAGAGGGUGGCGGAGGCGGGCUUGGGGGAUAAAUACGUUGUCGUGCCGGCGGGCGUCGAGGACCGUGCCGGAGCCGCGAAAAGUCGCGGAGGAGGUCUACGGAUAUUUGAGGGAGGGGGCCGUUGGUACGUGUACGAGCAUGUGCGAGCUGAUGGGGUCGGGUGGUGGAUAAGGCUCUAUCAGGGUUUCCUCAAUCUGUUCUGGCCCUUCUGCAUCGGCGGAUGCCAGUUGACGCGACCUACCAGGGAUUGGCUUCUCGAGGCGGGACCGUGGUCCGACGUGGACUUGGACAGACGCGCCGACGAGCCCUGGCACCAGUGCCUACCUCACAUCAUGGGAACCUUGACGAAGUGA